AUGCCCGAAAGAAGCAACAGAAGAAGAAGGCGUCGCCGGCUUUCCCCAUCAGGGUUUCUCCUGCAAACACCUGUUGUGCCUCACUUUGUCGAAAGGAGACCAACUCCUCCGGCUCCUCGUAACAGAGAUCGCCUGCUGUGGCUGUCAGAGGAAACCAGCGGAAGUGAUAGUGUAGUUGAGAUCGACCCCCCCACUGAAGAGGCAGCGAAAGCAGCAGUUGCACCAGCUGCCGCGGUUCCUCCGCCGCCCGAGACAGAGAAAGCAAGCGUACCACGUAUAGGACAAGAGGAAGGUGGAAGGACUACCCUGAAUGACUACACAGAAUCCUUUGCAGCCCCAUGCCCACUUCUGCUCCGCGACGGAUGCUGCACUAUACGUAGUUGUCAGUUCAACCACGUUGGCUUCCGAGACCCUAUUCCUCCCCCUCCACCUCCUGAUGAAGAAGAAGAAAGAGCAAACAGGUGGCAUCCAAAGAUAGACGUGCUGUCCCCACGUCGGGGAAAUGCUUCUCCCUUUAAUGCAAACGAUAUUCUCCUCCGCAUUCGUUUUCUCCUAGAAGAUAAAAAGCUGACCCUAUUCAAUGUGCCACCUCUACAGUUCUUCGAGGAUGUCUACUGCAGCGGUCGUCUUGUCCGCAUUCUUGGGUAUGCAACAUUUAAUUGCUUUGAGGCGGCAGUUGAGAAGCUUAGAGAGACGAUGCUGCUAGAGGAAGCAGCAGCUGCUGCAGCAAAUGCAGCACGAGGAACAGCUCCUGUACCAGCACUUGCAACAGCGAACUUCGACUGUCUGCCUUGCAGAUAUGCACAGAAGAUAACUACACUGGCAGGAGUCGUUCCUAGACUGGUACUGCAAGGCCGCGACACAGAUCCAAAGUUCUGCACAUACUUUGUAUAUCUACAACUACGUCGUUGGCUCGUCAGGUUGAGAGAUAGAGCGCUGUUGGACACCCACAACUGUCCAUUUAAGAGGAGAAGUCACAUAGAAGCGAUACCUGCACUACACACGGCUUUACACGAGUUGGAGAGAGGAGUAUUCUUACAAGGAGCAGACUAUGGAAAAAUACGACAAAGGAGAUUGGUGUUUAAUAUUGCUGCAGAGAGCAAUACUAUACCUUUACCUCCAUUACCUGAGACACGGCAUUCUCUUCCUCAGCAGCAGCUGACAGCCAACACAACAACACGACGGCUCGCACCUCUAUCUGCUGUACUACGGCAUCAUGCAGGGUUGUUAAGAGAUGCAUCAAGGACUAUGAACUCUCCACGAGCUAGCGAAGACUCCGAUAGCUUCUGUUGCGGCAGUGUUAUAGAUGAAGAAGAAUACCUUGGUGCAGCAAAAGUUACAAUCCAUCGGGAGGAGAGCAACAGGAGGACCAAGUAUAUCCUUGAAGACCUACAACUUUAG